CAGCUAUUGUCCUUUUUAUGUUUGAAAAGUGUAAUUAUUGGGGUCUUUAUCAUUAAGUCGGAGAGGAGGAGCCCGCAAGAUGUGCUCCUUCCUUCCCACUAUUCCUUAAGUUCUUUGUGUGUGAACAGGAGUUUUUUCUCCCGUAGGCUUUGUCUCCUCCUUCCCCAGGCAUCGGUAUGUGACAGCCCAGUGUGUGCGUGUGGCAGGGGAUCAGGAACAGCUGGGGGUAGGGAACUGGCUGGGAAUAGGGAACCGGCUGAGCAGAGCUGGCUUCUGUUGUGCAAAUAACUCGGCUUACACAAGGGGCGGGAAAGGAAAUAAAAGAAACUGUAGUCACUGUAUGAGCGAUAGGAGAUUUAAUGUUACCAGGAACUUGGAAUUCGGAGGGAGGCGGAGCUCUGUCGUAGGCUGUUACAGCUUGUUUUGAUCCAAGAAGUGUUUAAAAAGGGUCUUUGAGAAGGGAGAGCAUCCACUGCUCGACCUAUUUAUCGUCCGAGUGUGUGAGCAGCCUGCCGACCUGCCAGCUCCCUUCAGACCUCGCUGAGAGCUGCACUUCCAGCCGGGAGCUCGCAGGCAGAGGGCCGGGGCAGUGGUUGAGGUGCCACGUGGGCAGAGGAAUGAGCUCCCCUAUCGCUGCCGGGAGGGUGCGGCCUUGGGAAACAGCUGUUUCUCCAUCGAGAUCCUUUUAAUUCCUCCCACCCCAAAUCCUAUAGACACGGCCCUUAUAGAACGACUCCUGUUUGGAUCCCAAGAGUCGUUGCAUCUAUGGGAAAAGCCUUUAGGGAGAAGCAGCGUUUGUGUCGUCAUCCUGCACUCCAGUCCUGCGGCUGCUCAGCAAAGCCUCCUUACUGGGAACUCCUCCAGUGUGGGAUAUCGAGUGGCUCUCGGCCACUUCUCUCCUUCCUCACAUGAGGCAGCGGUGACAAAUUCCACCAUGUGGUGUGAAGUAGUGUCCCUUCUCCGCUCUCUGGGAAGUGCUCUGGUGUCCUACUUUGAUGCUAAGAAGAAAAGAAAAGUGGCAGAGAUUUACCAGGCUCUGAACAGUGAGCCCAUCGACGUGGCGGUGCUGAGGCGGAUGGCAAUCAGCGAGGGCGGGCUCCUGACGGAUGAGAUCCGGUGCAAAGUGUGGCCAAAGCUGCUCAGUGUUAAUACAGACGACCUGCCCCCUCUUCCAGCAGGGAAGGAGCUACGAGAGGACAGUAAGGAUUACCAGCAAGUGUUACUGGAUGUGCGGCGAUCCUUGCGCCGCUUCCCACCAGGGAUGCCGGAUGACCAGAGGGAAGUAUUGCAGGAGGAGCUCAUCGACAUCAUCCUCCACGUCCUCAAGCGCAACCCCCAGCUGCACUACUACCAGGGAUACCAUGACAUCGUGGUCACCUUCCUCCUGGUGGUGGGGGACAGGCUGGCCACAGCACUGGUGGAGAAGCUCUCGACGCAUCAUCUCAGGGAUUUUAUGGACCCAACGAUGGAUAAUACCAAGCACAUUUUAAAUUACCUGAUGCCCAUCAUAGACCGGGUGAACCCUGAGGUGCAUGACUUCAUGCAGAGUGCGGAGGUGGGAACCAUCUUUGCUCUCAGCUGGCUGAUCACUUGGUUUGGCCACGUUUUGUCCGACUUCCGGCACGUUGUGCGAUUGUAUGACUUCUUCCUGGCUUGCCACCCACUGAUGCCCAUUUAUUUUGCGGCUGUGAUCGUGCUGCACCGGGAGCAGGAAGUUCUGGACUGCGAGUGUGACAUGGCCUCUGUCCACCACCUCCUGUCCCAGAUCCCACAGGACCUUCCUUAUGAGUCCCUGAUCAGCAAAGCUGGGGACCUUUUUGUCCAGUUCCCACCAUCCGAACUCACCAAGGAGGCAGCUCAGGCAGCUCAGGCGGAACGAACUGCGGCUUCCACUUUUAAGGACUUUGAGUUGGCAUCAGUGCAGCAGAGACCAGACACUGUGUUGAGGCAGCGCUUCAGGGAGCGGCUCCGAGGGGAGGAGCGGCUCCGAGGGGAGGAGCGGACAAAAUCCAUCUUGACAAAGCCCCGGACCAACCGCUUUGUCAAGCUGGCAGUGAUGGGGCUGACGGUGGCACUGGGAGCAGCUGCCCUGGCCGUUGUGAAGAGCGCACUGGAGUGGGCACCCAAGUUUGAACUGCAGAUUUUCCCCUGAAGCUGGAGGAAGGGCCUUCCCUGUCACUGCAUCCUUCCCGGGUGGGAAGGGCUGAUAUUUGAUGAAGGACGUGUCCAGAAACGACCUGUCUGAAGAUUAUUUUUUUUUUAUUGUUGCGUCCAGUGACGCUUUUGGCCUUUGUGACAGACUGAGGGAACCGGCCCAGCAGGACGGUUUCCCACACCGUGCUCACCUUGUUCCCCUCUCCCUGUGCAAGGGUGAGCAGACAGGCACUGCCGCUGUCCCCUGAGGAAACAGAGGUAUGGACAAGUUUGGCUGUUCAGGUGACUGUACAAAAGGAGAGCUGUGUGUGGGCUGUGCCCAAAUGAUCCUGCGUUCUCCAUUGGGGAAAACUAGUGGGAGUGAGAGCAGAUCCUUGCCUGGAGGAGAGAGUCCAACAGGGUUUGGUCUGGGUGCUUGCGUGUGUGGGCGUGGAGCGCUGUUGCACUCCUGAGGAACAGGGCAGCCCUUUGGCUCUUCAUGGCUCCAGUCUGCCCCACGAUCUGCCUUCAGCUUUGCCGGUGCUCCAGCUCUUCCCUGUCCUGUAGGCACCCUCUGAGUAGAGCCAAACCUUUCCCACAACCCCGCCAGCACAAUGCUGUGAGCUUCUCUUCAGUGUAUAACAUUCCCUGGCUCUUUUUCCUUCCUCAUCUUUGCAGCCUGAUCUGUUUGCAGGGGGCAGGAGCAGACCUUAGCUCCCCUCAGCUCUCAGGCACUGCCACUGCUGCACUGGCAGUGCUGUGACCAUAUCUGGGGUCAGUGAAGUGAGACACAAGUGCAGUCACCCUGCCGAAGGUGCGUGCUGUCAUGUGCCAGGUUAUGCUACCACAAGUCUUAGUGGCACUGUAAACACCCAUUGCAGACUUCUUUAAUAGCUCUGGAAGUGGACACUAACAUGCCCACAUGGAGAAAGGCUUUUUCCACCUUGUGAAACACUUUGCACAGGAUAGAAGUUGCACUAGGAAAUGUGUCAAAAAACCUUCCCCACAAGCUGAUCAGGCUUCAGCAUCGCCUCUGGAAACAACAUGAGGGGUUUCCCAGAAAGGCCACCCUGACCCCUGCAUAGCUUCCAUCUCCCCACCAGUCCCUUUGGCAGUCCCAGCGCUCCCUGCUCUCCAAGCUAAGCGGCAAAUCCUUCUAGACGACUCGGUGUCCCACUGAGACAAAGCCAAUAGACACUCUAUGCCUCUACCUCUCCCCCAAGCUGCUAAAUCUCCCUCAAGUGCCCUUACCUGUCCCUCACAGCUCCCUCCCGCUGCCUCAUCAUUGCUCUGUUGUGCCCAAAGCCAUCUGUGCCAUGCCCAGGGGCUGCACACCUGAAAAUGAGGUGUUAGUUGAAGGGAUUUGGGGAUAGAGAAGAAAACUCAUCCCCUGCAAAGCUCAGCACCCCCCACUUCCACCCCUCUUGGCCCACUACUGCCCUGGGUAUGUUCUGGUUUGCUCCGUGGGCCCUUGCUCAUGGAAGGGCUGUGCCUUUCUGGACAGAGGGCAGGUGGGCAGUUGUCAUUCCUGACUUGUGUUCCCAUGAAGUUCUGAGCAGGAGUUCCCUUUGCCUCUGCAGGUGAAAUGUGGAGUGUGUGAAACUGCCCUUGUCCAGGCAGGCACCAAGACCUGUUCCCUCCUCGAUGGUGCCAGUGCCCUUGGAGAGACCUGGGGCUGCUCAGGGGGCUCCUCCCCGUGUGGCUGAAGGCAGAGCCAAUUCCUGUUCCCUUGCAACUCCCAGAGCAGCAGAGCAGGACUGGGAGCUGGGUCACUUAGCACUUUAGAAACCACUGGUUGCAGGAGAGUGUGGUGACCUGGGGAUGCUGCUGGAGGGCCCAGGACUGCUCUGUACACCACCCUGAGGGAGGAUGGCUGAAGCCCCCCAGGAGGAGCCCCUGCAGCCCCUCCAUUCCCUGGCCAUGAUGCACUUUAAUUCUUGUGUUGUCCCUGGCAGGGGGAAGGGCCUAGGAGGAGACCAUGGCUGCGGGUGCUUCAGUUACUCUGUACAAAGACUUACACACCCCCUGUAAAUGCAGAUUUCUACAAACCCUAAAACUGUAAAAUAAACAGUUACUAAACACA